GUCAAUAAAGUGGCUGAUUUCGGAAAAUGGAAGAACAGCAAGAAACCGGAGACGAAAAGGAUGGAUCUAAUCGAGAAGUUCUGGCUGGACUUUUGGCUGCGUCAGGUGGUUAUUUGUUGUUUCUGAUGCAAAGAAAUUUAAUGAGCGAAAUUUGAUAUCUAAUCUUCCUGCAUUCUUAUUCGAAGAGUGUUUCAUUACUCAAGGUGGCUAUGGAAUUGCAUUAUUUAUUUCACCAAAGAAGAAUAACUGUUACAGUUGAUUCUUUGCUCACAUGAAGCUCAGAGCAGUCUAGCUCUACAAAUAAAGUACGUCGGUAGCACAUCCGUCAUCGAUCGUACUACAUAUCAUGGCCAGACUUGCAGGACGGGCACAGUCAUUUGACUCACUAGAUUCGUUGGAUGUUGACUACACUUCAAAAAAUGAUAGAGGCUCCUUCAAGUUUGACGGUACUGUAGAUUCUAACGAAUUUGACCUUCCUGAAAUCGACGAAGAUAAUCUUCCUAGCCUUGAAGAUAUCCUUAAGGAACCUGAUGAUGCGUUCUCGGUCGAUAGCCUUCUUCUGUCACCAGUUAGCACCUUUGCAGGUCUUCCCAAUCUCGCCAAACACAAAGGGCUGAUUGCCAACGGUUCUGUGCUGCGCCACGUCAUACUGAAGAAGAUUUCUGGGCAGCUGGUGGAUGCAUGUGCGAGACGAGAUGCUGGUUUACCAACAGCAAUGGCUGUCUCAAUGUUGAUUGCCAUUGGCACUUCACAUGGUCUUGUUCUAGUUUUCGAGCCUCGCGACCAGGCAUUGAAACUGAUAUUAGGUAACACUUCAGAUGGGGCAAACUAUGGUGCUGUCACAGCGUUAGGUAUCAACAGAGAGUGCUCAAGGCUUCUGUGCGGGUAUGCAAAGGGGCAAAUAACAAUGUGGGAUUUAAGUAAUGGCAACUGUUUGCGUGUAAUCACGGAUGCACACCCUCCAGGCUAUGCUGUACUUCAUUUGCAGUUUACCGAUGAUUCCACCAUUGCAAUGUGUAGCGAUAGCAGUGGCUCUGUUUACAGCCUUAGCUUUAGGAGGCUAAUUACCAGAAGCUGUGAAUCCACAUGCUUUUUUUCGGGCAGUAAAGGAGAAGUGUGUAUCAUGGCCCCUUUACACCUGCACAUUGGUAUGCGGGACAGUCAGCUUCACGAUUCUUCAAUACUUGCAAUGGCGUCUCUCACCAAGGUCAUUGUUGUCAACCUUAAGCCGUUUCCUAAAGCAAUAUUUACCAAGAAGCUUCCUGGUGGCCGUAAUACAUUGCCUUUACUAGGCUGGCAAUUCGCUGUUAUUCAAAAAGAGGAGAAUUCAAAGUAUCUCUGUCCAGUUCUGGCAUUUGCAAGGGAUAAAGUUAUCCACUUUUACCAGAUUUGGAAAUAUGGUGAAGAGUUUAAGUUUGUACCAUUCCAGACAAUAGAGACAGAAUACAGUCUUGUUUCGCUACACUGGAUGAACCCAAAGAUAAUUGUGAUUAUUGAUUCCCUUGAGAGAAUUAGGACAAUAGACGUAAAAACUAAAGAAGAACUUGAGUGCCUGGAUCUCAGCAUCGUGCAACUUGUGUAUGGCAGCAGUUAUUUUAAGUCACUAGCAACUGGCGGUAACGUAAGCAAGGCGCUGAAUGCUGCUAGUGAGUAUGCCUGUUAUCACUCAGUCCAAGUUUUCAAUGGUCAGCUUCUCCUUCUUGGCACAAAAUCGAUCCAUUGUCUGACAAUAAGGUCAUGGAGAGACAGAAUCGACUAUUUUGUUAAACAGAAUCUCUUUCUAGAAGCAUUGCAAUUGGCGCUUUCCUUUUAUGAGGAACGUGCCAAAGCUGUGGUCAAUCUUGCUGGUAGUCGACAAAAGAGAAAGAUCUUUAUUGCACAAGAAAUAGCUGAAGUCUUACAAUCUUAUGUAGAAAUUUCUUUCACUGUUAACUGCCCAAAAACUCACAAGGAAGAAAUGUUGGCAGAGUACUUUAGCAGCCUAGUGCCUACAUGUGUUGAGUACUGUGUUGCCACCGGAAAUCUGGAUUUACUUUUUGGUGAGAUUUAUGACCGUUUCUCUGAGGAACCCAUUUCAAAAAAGGUGUUUCUCGAGGGCCUUGAGCCAUACAUUCUUGAUGAUAGGAUUGCAACUUUAACACCAGUUGUCAUGCAAGAUUUUGUAAAACACUUUGAGGCAACUAGACAACUACGAAAACUUGAAGCAUGUCUUGUGCACCUCGAUGUCACUGCAGUUGAUCUUCAUCACAUGGUGAAGAUGUGCUGGACGCAUUCCCUAUAUGACCUUGCAAUUUAUGUGUACAACAAGGGAAUGAAUGACUUUCUUUCACCAAUGGAAGAAAUGCUAAAUAUCCUAAGAAGUCUUUUGAAAAGUAAGCGAGAGUUAACUUAUGAAGAAUCUGCUGUUGGUUAUAAGCUUCUUGUUUAUAUAAGUUGCUGCUUAACUGGGAGGCAAUACCCACGAGGUCUCAUCGAUGAGGACAAAGUGUCCCGUGUUAAAUGCGAGGUCUAUGAGUUUUUAGUGGCAAAACGAAGCAAAGACAUUGGACUUGAUGAUCAGUCCUACCCAAGUCUUCAUGUGCUCUUGGAAUUUGAUACAAGAGAGUUCCUCAAUGUCAUGUCUAUUGCUUUCGAGGAGCCAGAAUUCGAAGUAGAUCAUUCUUCUUUUGGGCAGGUUUCAAAGCGACAGAAAGUAGUGGAUAUUUUGCUUCAGUUAAUGGUGACCAAUACCUUAUUCACUCCAACACAAGUUGGAUGGCUUUUUACUUUCAUCGCUAGACAAAUGGCAAAGUUUGAAGGGAGUAUACGAGUAAACAAACUGUUGUUUGAGCAAGUAUUAGAGUAUCUCACUAACCCAGAUGAUGACAGUCGACACGAGGAAAGACAGCAAGCUUUGUUAGAGCUUCUUUCAGCAGGAGGAUUGCACCAGUUUGAUGAUAGCCGCAUAAUCAAGCUAGCAGAAGCAGCAAAGUUCUUUCAAGUUUGUGAAUUAUUGUAUGAGAAGAAUCAUCAAUAUGCACAGGUGUUGUCUUGCUACUUGCGAGACCCGGCCAGAAAGCAUCAGAGUUUUUCUUACAUCGUUGAGAUGAUGUCGGCAGACUCUUUUACUGAUUUAGAGAGAGGUGUGAUGCAGAAUGCUGUUUUGGCGGCGCUUGAUCAGCUCGUUGAAAUUGAUAGCCAGAAGAUGGCUUUGUUGAUAAUUGAAUACUUCUCUGACUGCUUGAGUCAUGUUGUCGGGAAGUUGGAGUAUAACUCUGAGGCCCAAUAUGAAUUUCUAAAAGGAGUAUUUAUGAAGAGAGAGUCAAGCAAACAAAGGCCCCGUGGAGAUUUAUUCAACCCAGAUGCUUCAACUCACGAGCAGUUUAUACAGUUGAUGUGCCGAUAUGAUCCCCAAAAUGUCUACCCAUAUCUGAGAGAAACGGACAAUUACCGACUAGAGCAAACCCUAGCUAUUGUGCGAAAAAUGAAGGUCGUAGAUGCAACUGCGUAUUUGUUAGAAAGGACUGGGGACGUAAAAGGUGCCUUUAAUUUGCUUUUAGACAACCUAAAAGACAAAGUGCAAGAUUUUAGUGAAUCUUUUGCGGUAGACGAUGAUCCAUUAUCAAGCAAGGAAGGGAGAGAGAAGCGAAGGUCAUUAAAAAAUGCCCUGAUGCUUGUUAUCCACGUAUGCCAGCGAAAUUCCUCUAGACUUGACGCUGAAGAGAGAGAAGCAUUGUGGUUUCCACUUCUGGAGACAAUAAUGGCUCCGCAAAGGAGAGUCAAAGAUGUUACUUCAAUUCAUUUUGUAGCAUUUAAGGAACUAACAAAGCAAGUUUUGAGCAGCAUGAUGGGGCAUAUUGCAUUACCUGCUGUUUUAAAAAAGAUCAUGCAAGAUUCUGCAUAUAAUUCUGGAAAAUUUGGAGAAAUAAAAGAAUUGAUCCUUGGAAUGUUAGACACGUACAACUACGAGCUUACUCUUUUGCAAACAACAAAAUCAUUACUGGGCAAGGAUCUGCACCACCAAUAUUGUACACAAAAGAAUUUUCUAUCCCGUGGUUAUUCUCAUGAAUAUUUGACAUGCAACGUCUGUUAUGAAACGUUUGGAAAGCGCACAACGCCGGAUAGUGUGAGUGACGUCAUUGUGUUUAGAUGCAAUCAUGCCUUUCACAAGCAAUGCCUUGAAGGGUCGGUUGGUUAUGGGAAUGACAUGAAGUGCAUUCUUUGCAAUAAGACCACCUCAAUCGGAUCUGUGUAUAGUGGGAGUAGCGCAGAAUCUUCUUCAAGUGCGGGUAAGACUGACGAAAACCCAACAAAGCCUAAGCAUAAAAAGGGCGAGAAAAAGACAUUGUUCACUCCCCAGCAAGAACUAGCAUUGCAAAAUCUUGCUAAACACAACAAUGAGUCGCCAAGGCUUCGUGUAUUAAGUGACUUGCGACCUACUGAUGAUAUGUGGGUUAAUAGUCAGCGCUUGAUUUUUGCAAGGCCAGGUUCGGUCAUUGGAGCUUCUGAAGAUAUCACAUUGGGCGGAAAAGAAUUCAAACUUAGACUUGCUCCCGGCAGAAUGUAGUUUCUACCAAUUCUGUCAAAUCCUAUGUUCUGUACAAUCGACUUUUCUUCUAUGUUGAUGUGAUUAAUGAAUGCUUAAAUUGUCGUGUAAUUAAAAUCAUUUUUUGACAAUUAUUUUGUUUUGUACAUCGAUAUUCUUCCAAUCUUAGAAAUGCCAUUCAACUUACGUUUGACUGCAGGCUGAUCUGUGGAUUCGUUGCUAUCUUUUUAUUAAGAGUAGCCAGAAAAAGUUAAAUUUUCGGGGUUGUUGAUAUCCUAUCAAGAUGUGUAUUUUCGUAUAGCAAUUUAAACAAGUUUAUAUUGUUCCCUGUUACUCCCUGCUUUAUUUGCCAUAUAAGUUUAUAUGUUUCAAAGUUCAAGGAUAGUUAAACGUAGUGAUUUGGCACUGUCCCUGUCUGACUGCUACACUUGUAGAAAUAGUUUUUAACACCGCUAUAGUAGUAUCCACAUUUUCUAUCCGUUUAGAAAUAUGAGCCCCUUUUCUUUGGGAACCCGUAAUUAACCUUGUUGACGAAUGCAAGUCUUCUAAUUGCAAUAAUGUUGUCUUACCCAACUAUAGAAUUUGCUAAAUAUGUCUUCAGUUAUAGUAGACCAUGAUUUUUAGUUUUGGUAGUUAUUCGAUUGUCAUAGAUAAAAAUUACUGCGAUAUUUACUUUUCGUAGUCGUUUUUGCGUACCUGAUUAUGUAGCAAAUCGAAAUUAUCGGUAAAUGAGAAGGGUUUCUACAAAGUAUCGAAGACUGUAUUACAAUAAAGUUAUUUUAGUCGGUGAUGUUUGUUUGUAUGGUGAUGCUUUGAUGAGUGGUGGGAGUUAUAGGGGUAGGAGAUCUCCCCCCUCCCCAAAUUCCUAGAGUCGGGUACUCUUACCUUAAAAGAUUUCACUGGGUCUACCAAAAAAGACAUUAAUAAUCUCAUUCCCAGCAGCGGUUUAGUGUAUUGUUUGUAUGCUGGUUUAAUAGUAUUGUGUCCAAGUACCAGGUAAUUUCUUUGGGUUAAUUGUUUGCUCACAAAUUUCAAAAUUUCAAAAUAGAAUUUUAAAAGAAGAUAAGUUCCCCAUAUGUGCUGAAAUCUCAACCUGCUUGUGCUAACGGUGGAACGAUUGCCGUGACUGAAUUUCUAUUACUCUCAUUUCCAUCAUAUUACUUCAAAAUAUAAAACUCAUAGGGUAACUUUUUAAAUCAAUAAUAUCCUAAAAAAUUCUAUUAAAAAGGUUCAAUAUAACCUGUUAGUUUACCGGCUGGUAUUACUAGAUUGCAUGCCAAAAUCAGGUUUAAAGCUAUUAUAAAAAGGUGCAGCAUGGCCUUUAUAUGCCAAUUAUUUAUUUGGACCAGUUUGCGCUUACUUUAUGAUGAGCUUCAUCUUCGAGAAAAGCUGUUUCUUAAUAUAAGUCCUUCUGGAGGUUUUGACCCUUUGCAACUGGGAAUACAUCAAAACAAGUUUCAGCGAGUUAUCAUUUUGUGAGACCAAAUAAUUUUAUUAUUUUCAAUCCUGACGGAACAAGGGCGACAAUAAAUUGGCAUGCGGUCCGUAGGGUGCCCACCUCUACCCUAGGCACUUGCCAAAUCUGGGUCAAAAGACGCUACCCUAGAUUGGGAAUAAAUUUCUUGAUUUUAUAGGGCAUUACAAUUGAUUCGUAUUGCAAAGAUAAGUUUCACGGGAAUUUUCGUUGCGCAAUACGGAUAUGCCAUACAACGACAAAGAAAGGUAUUAUGCAUUACUGCAUAGUUAUAAUAUCCUGAAAAUAAUCACAUUUCAAUAAGAAGGUUUUUAUGUGAAAUUUCAAGUAGGUGGGAGAGGCCCAAAUUCCUUGGGUUAUGGCCCCGGCUCCCCAUCGAUAGAGACCCCGACAUAAAUCGUUCGUCAUCGUUACCAUUUAAAAACUAUUUCGCUUGCUAUUGCAUAAUCCUAGAAUAUUUCGA